UGCACCCCCCCUGCCAUCGGGAAGGAGGCUACGCUGCAUCCGAGCAAAAACAUCCAGACUGAGAAUCAGCUUCUAUCCAGUUGCAGUCAGACUUUGUAACUGCUCCACCACACAAAUAAAUGAGGAACAAAGGAGGGUGCGCAGGGACAAAGACUCGACCCUUUCUGGAUUCGCUGACACAGAGCCACAGUAUUGAGACCAGAUGGGAUGACAUCAUCCGGAGUGUCACAGUGUACCUUGGAGAGAGGGGAGAUUACCAGAGAGCAGCAACCUAAUCUCCUCACGUCAGACAUGGAUGGCACCAACAGCAGAGCGCUUGGUUUGUCGCCGCACACCACAUCGCCCCUGACGGUCGGUGGCCUGCAGGUGCCGGCGUCCCUGCUACGGACGCCUCCGCUCUUCCUAAGAGCGGCCGCCGCGGCCGCUUGCAGUCCGGCCAUGGAACGGGGGUAUCCGCGGACCCCGAAGUGUGCGCGCUGCCGCAAUCACGGCGUCGUGUCCGCGCUGAAGGGCCACAAGCGCUUCUGCCGAUGGAGGGACUGCGUGUGCGCCAAAUGCACCCUGAUCGCGGAGAGACAACGAGUCAUGGCAGCUCAGGUGGCUCUGCGCAGGCAGCAGGCGCAGGAGGAGAGCGAGGCGCGGGAGCUGCACUUCAUGUACUCCGGAUCGGGGUCAUCUGACACCGGACUGACCAUGCCGGCGUCCGUGGUCCCUGCGCCAGGGUCCGCUCCUGCAAACUGUGGUCUCAGGACCCCGGGAUACGAUGUAUUCAGCAUAGACGACCAGAAAGACGGGAGAAAUGACUCCACGUCCGGCCGGGAUAAAGAUAAGGAGAGUGAAAUCCAGUCCCCCGGUUCCGAUCAGCUGUCAGACCAGAUGGGAAGUCCAAGGUCACUGUCUUCCUCAGACCUUGAAUCGGGCAGCGAGUCGGACCGGCAAAAGGACUUCUCAGCCCUAGAUCUGAAUCCUGCGGGUUCCUCCUCCGGCCACCGAGACCCCACUGACGUGAUGGCCAAGAUCUUUCCUCACCAUAAGCGGGACGUGCUGGAAUCGGUGGUGAAGAACUGCAAGGGCGACAUUGUGAAAGCCAUCGAGAUGAUGCUGAACUCCAAAGAGGACAGGUGCAACCCGGAAAGCAUCAAUAUCUCCGCGGGCGAUCAUGCGACCCUGCAGAAGACUGGGGGCUUUGGACUAACCGGAGGCGCUCUGGCGACGUUUAGUGCCAAAUCUGCCUUUUCUCCUUUGCAAACGCCCGCAACUUCUAUCGGGAGCGAUAGCAUUUACGGCUUGAAUCCCAGAUUCGGUAUUAGUCCGUUGAGACUUGCUUAUUCUAGCUCAGGUGGGGGUAUAACUAGUUUUAUGUCGCCCUAUUUAACCUCCGGGUUAGUGCCGGCUUUUCCUCUCCGGCCCCCGAUGGACUACUCCUUCCCCGGAAUGAUGCGAGACUUACCUUACCUCCAGAGCAAGGACUUGUGCAAUACAAGCAUUUAUGCGCGCCUAAAUCAUGACAAAUAACACCAUGUGUAACCUUAGUGGGAAAAAUGAGUAGCUUAAAUGCCGUUGGACGCUGUCGGGCAGAUAUAAACCAGCAUCCCUGUAUAAUUAUUAUGCGAAAAGUUCUUUGUAAAUACCCCCGUCGUGAUUCAGAUACCACCAGAUACUGUGUUCUUGUAUUUUUAAGCCUUUUUUAUGCCAAGUGUCAAUAUUUUAGUUAUCAAUAUAUUUUUGAAUAAUGUAUAUUUUGUAAGUUUCAUAAUCUGAAUAAAAAGCAAAAAUGG